GUGAGUCAGUGUCCGCGGACCCGGCCGGCCGAGGCCCGCGCCCGCCGCGGCCCCGAGAGGCCCCCGCCCGGCGGCGGCCAUGGCCGGGGGCCCGGGCCCGGGAGACCCCGCGGUCCCCGGCGCCCAGCACUUCUUGUACGAGGUGCCGUCCUGGGUCAUGUGCCGCUUCUACAAAGUGAUGGACGCCCUGGAGCCCGCCGACUGGUGCCAGUUCGCCGCCCUGAUCGUAUGCGACCAGACCGAUCUGCGGCUGUGCGAGCGAUCCGGGCAGCGCACGGCCCGCGUCCUGUGGCCCUGGAUCAACCGCAACGCCCGCGUGGCCGACCUCGUGCGCAUCCUCACGCACCUGCAGCUGCUCCGCGCGCGGGACAUCAUCACGGCAUGGCACCCUCCCGCCCCCCUUCUGCCCCCCAGCACCACCGCCCCGAGGCCCAAGAGCAUCUCUGCACCCUCUAAGGCCGAGGCCCCCAGCCCGCGGAAGUUGCCCUCGUCGGCCUCCACCCUCCUCUCCCCAGCUUUUCCAGGCUCCCAGACUAAUUCUGACCCUGAGCUCAGCCCUGUCCCAAGCCCUGCGGCCCUCCAGCCACCACUGCCAUCUCCAGCCCCUUCCUGCACCAAGCGGAGCCCAGAGAGCCCAGUGUCCCUCCUGCAGGGGGCCCCCUCCUCUUCGUUCUGCUGGCCCCUCCAUGAAAUUUGCCAGGGCACCCACGACUUCUCAGAGGACCUGAAGAUCGGGGAGGGCGGCUUUGGGUGUGUGUACCGGGCUGUGAUGAGGAACACAGUAUAUGCUGUGAAGAGGCUGAAGGAGGAGGCAGACCUGGAGUGGACCACAGUGAAGCAGAGCUUCCGGACUGAAGUGGAGCAGCUGUCACGGUUUCGUCACCCAAACAUCGUGGACUUUGCUGGCUACUGUGCUCAGAGUGGCUUCUACUGCCUCGUCUAUGGCUUCCUGCCCAACGGCUCCCUGGAAGACCGCCUCCACGUCCAGACCCAGGCCUGGCCCCCUCUCACCUGGCCUCAGCGACUGGACAUCCUUCUGGGCACGGCCCGGGCAAUUCAGUUUUUACAUCAAGACAGCCCCAGCCUCAUCCACGGAGAUGUCAAGAGUUCCAACGUCCUUCUGGAUGAGAGACUGAUGCCCAAACUGGGAGACUUUGGCCUGGCCCGUCUCAGCCGGUUUGCAGGGGCCAACCCUGGCCAGAGCAGCGCCGUGGCCCGGACUCGGACUGUGCGCGGCACCCUGGCCUACCUGCCCGAGGAGUACGUCAAGACGGGGAGGCUGGCCGUGGAGACGGACACCUUCAGCUUCGGCGUGGUGGUGCUGGAGACCCUGGCCGGCCAGAGGGCUGUGAGAAUGCACGGUGCCCAGACCAAGUAUCUGAAAGACCUGGUUGAAGAGGAAGCCGAGGAGGCUGGGGUGCCCCUGAGAAGCACCCACACCACACUCCAAGCAGGUGUGGCCGCUGACGCCUGGGCUGCCCCGAUCGCCACGCAGAUCUACAAGAAGCACCUGGACCCCAGGCCCGGGCCAUGCCCGCCAGAGCUGGGCCUGGCCCUGGGCCAGCUGGCAUGCUGCUGCCUGCACCGCCGGGCCAAGAGGAGACCCCCCAUGACCCAGGUAUACCAGAGGCUGGAGAAGCUACAGGCGGCAGUGGCAGGGGCAUCUCUGGAGCCGGAGGCCACCAGCCGUAGCCCCCCUUCCCCGCAGGAGAACUCCUACGUGUCCACCACUGGCAGCGGCCUGAGCGGUGCCAGCCCGUGGCAGCCCCUGGCGGUGCCCUUGGGAGCCCUGGCCCAGGCUACAGAGCGGCUGCAGAAAGGUGCCAACCAGCCCGUGGAGAGCGACGAAAGCGUGUCCGGCCUGUCUGCUGCCCUGCGUUCCUGGCACCUGACCCCAAGCUGCACCCCAGGCCCAGCCCGGCCAGGCAGCCCUGGCUCAGAGGCUGCCAUGUGGACGCCAGCACCCCUCGGGCAGGCUGGCUGUACUCAAGGGGGUGCCACCCAAGAGUCCAGCUGGGGGAGCAGCCCGGGGCUCCAGCCCACAGCUGUGGAAGGACCACUGCUGGGCGGCUCCACGCUGUCACAGCCUCCGCAGAUAGUCAUCAACCCGGCGCGACAGAAGAUGCUGCAGAAGCUGGCCUUGUAUGAGGAUGGCGUCCUGGAUAGCCUGCAGCUGCUGUCGUCCAGCUCCCUGCCAGGCUUGGGCCUGGACCACCGGAACAGGCCGGGGCCCGAAGAGAGUGAUGAGUUUCAGAGCUGAACUGUCCACCUGGGCAGAUCCCUAAACCCGGAAUUCCAAGUUCUCAUGGUCAGAAGUUCUCACAGCUCGCGAACCCUCGACAGCCGGGCAGUGGGGGUGGGGGCUCCAUCCUCACGGAGGAGGGCCGGUGGUGGCCCUGCGACUCUUGGGACGUGGGCACAGGCAGGGCUCAGAGCCCCCGGGCUGGCUGCUGCUGGCUGUCGGGAGGGCAGGACACCUCAGCGGCCUGCCUUCAGUCCAGCAUAUGCGGGAGAGGAAAGCCGAUGUCGUUGGAGGGGCGUGUGGCGGGGAGGAGGGCAGGUCUGAAGGCUGCCGGCUACACGGGCCAAGGAGGAGAGGUGAGUGGUCCAGUGGGACUAGCAGGGCACCAGCUCCCCUGAGAGCUGGGCAGGGUGUCCGCAGCCCAAGCCUACACCAGCAGCGCUGAGCCCUCCUUUUUGGACCUUGCUCAAUCCCUGGGGGAAAGCAGCCACUCGGAUGACAGAGCCCAUGAGGCCGGGGGCCCUCCCAGCCGCUUGUAAUUGGGAAAAGGAAAAGUGAGGUGUGGCUGUCCCGUGGUUCAGUCCACUAACUAGAAGUGGGAGUUCUGAGAGGCCCUAGGGAGUCCAGCAGCGCCUCCCAUCAGGUCAGUGUCUGCAGGCUUCCCCGGGGAGCUGGGAGCUAGCCUAACAGGGCUGCCUGCUAGCCAGGCCACCCCUGGGUGCUGCACGCGGGCACCAAGCCAGGUCGGGCUCCGGAGGCCUCGGGCCCAGGCUCUGCUUGUGACAGAGGGGUCACUACCGGAAGUUUGGCUAGCCCCAAGCCUUGUGUUACCCAGACAGUGAAAAGCCCCAAGAACGCAGGAAGUUGGGAGCAAGGCAGAGAAGAAGGAAAAUGAAAAUGGGACUCACGUUUUUAGAAGCAAGUCAGGUUUCGUGUAACUGAAUGUCUUUGAAAGUAGCCCAGGGCUGUAGCACAGGCUUCGGAUGAUUUUGUGUCUGCAGUUGUGAGUCACACUACAUGCCCCGUGAAGCUAGGCAUUGGUGAAGUCCAAGUUGUCCUGGAGUAAUAAAAGCUUACACUUUGA